CCUCCUGCACUAUGGGAAUAUGUUACAGGAGGGGAGACUGCGCCUGACCCCUGCACCUCUCACUUACUCUCAAUACUCUGGCAGGUGCCAUACAAACUGCCUGUGUCUUUGUCUGUUGGUUCCUGCGUGAUAAUCAAAGGGACACCGAUCGACUCUUCUGUCAAUGAACCACAGCUGCAGGUGGAUUUCUACACUGAGAUGAAUGAGGAGUCAGAAAUUGCCUUCCAUUUGCGAGUGCACUUAGGCCGUCGUGUGGUCAUGAACAGUCGUGAGUUUGGGAUAUGGAUGUUGGAGGAGAAUUUACACUAUGUGCCCUUUGAGGAUGGCAAACCAUUUGACCUGCGCAUCUAUGUGUGUCGCAAUGAGUAUGAGGUAAAGGUAAAUGGUGAAUACAUUUACGCCUUUGUCCAUCGAAUCCCACCAUCAUAUGUGAAGAUGAUUCAAGUAUGCAGAGAUGUCUCCCUGGACUCAGUGCUUGUCAGCAAUGGAUGGAGAUGAUUACACUCCUCAUUGUUGAGGAAACCCUCUUUCUACCUGACCAUGGGAUUCCUGGAGCCUGCUAACAGAAUUAUCCCUCCUCAACCCUUUCCCCUACACUUGGUCAUUAAAACAGCACGAAACCACACAUGAUUUGGUUCUUGCUUUAAGAGGGGGAAAAAGGAUGUGAUCAUCCCCAAAAGGGGCCAGGGCAUUCUAUGGGAGGCAUCAGGAAAUCAAAGGGGAUAAACCUUCCUGUGACAAAGGGAGUGAGUGACAAGGUCCCUGGAAUGUCUGAUAAGACAUUAGAAACAGCAUCCUUCUAUAGUACGUAGUUGACGUCAGACAGUCUGAACCAAAAUACUUACCCAAUCUCAGAUGACUCACGGCACUUAAAUGUUAGACAGCUGUUUACAGCCAUGCAGGUGUACCUAGUAGCUUUGGGGAAAACCUAUAACUUGAGGAAAAUGAUGUGGAAUUUCUUAAUUUUUCCAUUGUUCUCAGGAUGCUUAUUGUGUAUGAACACUAUGCCUGGCUUUGUGCGGGCUGCUGUGAAAGAAGUGAAGAAAAAGAUGACAAGUUUUGCAUGUAAAGUUUUCAAUCCAAGUAAUAGAGAAUCACGGGAGCCCAGUGAUUCCCCUUAAAUAAUCCCAAUUAUUCUUAUUUGCAAAUAUUUGAAAAGUUUUUCAUUUUAUGUGGGGAGAAUCCAGGGGUUUCUCUUUGGAAAUAAAUGGUCAUGGUUUUAGAUCAGAGAACAUGAAGAUUAUUAUUGGAAUAGACACAAUUCAUGUACAUGGACACAGUGAGCAGACUCUGCUUUGCUGCUAUUCCUGUGAUAAACUGCAGCAUAGAAAACCGCCCAACACAUAUUGGUUAAAAGUAAUCAUUUAUUUUGAUCUCUCCCAGCUUUACAGGUUUACUGAACUCAUGUGAGUGGUAGAUCAUGUGAUGGGAGUCACAUUUUCUGAGGGAUCUUUUAGGCUGGGAUUUCAAGGGACGCUUUACUCAUGCCCAAUUCAACACUAGGGCUGAGUGAACACCUGGAAACUGGCUGAUUAUUUCCUUCACUACCUCACCUUCCCACUCAUGCCUUUAAUUUCCUCAAACAGACUCUCACAGUUCUUAGACUUAAUGAAUGGUGAUUGGCUUUCACCAAAGAAAGUCUUCCAAAAGGCUCAUGGAGAAGAUGCACAGCAUCACAGACCUACCUUUGAAUGGCAGAUAGUGUCACUUCUAUGACUUUACACUGAUCAAGGUGAGUCACACAGACAGCCCUAAUCAAAAGGAGAGGACUCCACAAGCUGUAGUUAUUGUGACUGUAGUCAUGAGGGGCCAUCCUUGGCAACUAGUUCCCCUCAGAACUACUUCCCAUAUACCAAAAACACACCCUGUAAGGAAUCUCUGAAGGCAUACAAUUAUAGGAACAGGCUCAGAGUAAAGUGCAGUGUCUUAUCUAAUCAGAAUAUAGUGUCUGUGAUGUGACUACAACUUAUCACAUGCAAUCUCUCUCAACCUGUGCAUCAAAGGAACACAUUAUCUGCUUUAUACAAAUCAAGCAAAGAAGACUGAAAGAGACAAGAAAAAGGCAAUGAAUACACCUAUUUUAGAGGGGCAAAAUAAAAUAGACAGCAGUCCCUAAUCCAUAUCAUUGGUGAAACCAAUCAGACACCUAUUUUCAUUUUCUCUGGGAAUGUUUCUCUGUAGCACUUACCCUCAGCCUCCAUUCUCAGCUUCUUGGCGUUCCUACCAAGAUGGCAGAAUGACAGCCCUUUUGCUAUGCCUGGCUAAUUUUGUGUUUUUAGUAGAGAUGGGGUUUCACCAUGUUGGUCAGGCUGGUCUUGAACUCCUGACCUCAAGUGAUCUGCCUGCCUCGGCCUCCUGCAGUGCUGGGAUUACUGGCGUCAGUCACCGUGCCUGUCCUCUAAACUUGUGUUAUGGAGACUCAUUUCCGUGGUUAAAAUGUCUUGAAUUGACUGUGCCUGUUGGGAGGUGGGAUGGAGGAAGCUACUUAUGGAAAAUGAAUAAGAAAGGGAAGCACACCAGAAGCAAGAAAGUGUUACCAAUUUUUACAUCAAAGACUCCACGAAAAAGAGAAAGUACAAGUAGCCUGUUUUCGUAGCUGACCAUUGGACUGCAGACUGCACCUGCAGCUACCAGGUUCUUCUGGAUAGUCCCAGUUUUAAAUUUUGACCUGAUAUUCAAGAACACAGUGCUACCGGUCAGACCUUUGUCCAGGUUUAAGCUUCAGAAAAUAAGGUCCUCGUGCAGCGGGAGGCCUGGUUAGGUUUAUGAUUCUGCCCUGGGGCAUCUGCCACUUCUGACCUGGAGGUAACCUUGGCAUCUAUUUACCUCCACACUUGAACAGCCAAGGAUGAGCUGAGCACAAUGGCUCACAUCUGUAACUCCAGCACUUUGGGAGGCCAAGGCAGGAGGAUCACUUGAGGCCAGGAGUU